AUGUUCAACUGCCUCAAGUGUAUUACAUGUACAAGGAAAAAGCAAGAAGUUGAAGCUAGCGGUGACAGCAAAUCAGGUGCUAGUAAACUCCUAGGAGAGGGCGGUUUCGGCAAAGUCUACUCAGUCCCAGGGGGUGGGAGUAACAACACUCUGUACGCGGUGAAAGUCGCUGAGCCGCAAGACCACCGACAACUCGAAAGACUGGAGAUGGAAAUCCUGAUCCACGGCUCGUUACAACACGACAGAAUCGUGAGGAUGCUGGACUGGGUAGAGACUCCCGCCGGGCAGUUUUACAUCUGCUUGGAGUACUGUGAGAAGGGCGCUUUGUCUUCCUACGCGGCGCAGCUCAAAGAAGAAAAGAGGUACAUGGACAGUCAGCAGAUCCGUCGCAUCUUCCGACAGUUGGUAGAGGGCUGUGAGUAUCUCCACGAGCGGUGUAUCAUCCACCGUGACUUGAAACCUCAGAAUAUUUUGCUGACGAAGAGUCUGGAUGUAAAAAUCACGGAUUUCGGGCUGGCUAUCAUCAAGCCUGGUCAGGGGGCGGUCUGGGCGUCCGUGUGGGGCAGCCCUGGAUACGUGUCGCCCGAGGUUUGUCAGUUUGCUUAUUUCACAUAA